AUGGAAACUAAAAGGCAUGUCAAUAAAUGUUUUAACCAAACUGAUGUUCAACGGAUUGAUCCCUUCAAAUCGUAUCAAUAUACAUUAAAAUUAAGCGUUUCCAUGUUGAACUACAAAUUUUAUUUUCUGCUGUGCAUAAUUCUCCAGAGAACUGCGGUUGAAUCGCACCAAACCUUGUUUGAAAGCCCAGACACUCCAACGUUGAAAACUUUGGCACCAUUUUCACCUCCGUUUUUGGAAGAUCAAACACCGAAUUCAACUCAAAGUCUAGGUUUCAGUACAAUGUUAAAACGUAUUAACCUGGGCAGACUGUUUUUUGCAGUUUUCUCAAUAGCCCAGCUCGGCUUUAAUAUAACAUUUUCUUUUUUGGUUGGAAACUGUUCAAAGAACAAACUCAAAGAAGCAAGGUUGACGAUUAAGAAAUUUAUCUGUCGACCGUUUGAAGAUCAAGCCUUUAACUACUUUUGUCCUUAUCGCUUCUACAUUGAAUGCAAUGAUUGGAAGCCAAAUACCUUUUACAGUAUUAAAAACAGUCAGAGAUUGGUAAUCGCCGAAAUAACAGCCAUGAAGUACGUUGGAGAAUAUUCAGAAAAAAAUUGUGAUAUAAAUUGCAGUCUCAUAAGAAUGCAGCAUGACCUGGCUAACAACCUCUAUCCUCUGUACAGGCUAAGGAAGGAGUUGCAGGAUAACUUUCGCCGAUUGUCUGCACGCUACUUGCCUACGCAGGACAUGACAUCCCUCUUGACGCCACUCUUUAUCUGCUUGCCGGGGUUUAUCCUCAGUUACCGAAUGUUUUGCGUUCCGUGUGAGCCUGGCUACUACUCAGUGAUACACGGACACGUGCAUCAGUGCCUGCCCUGCCCGAUAAACACCUACCAGAAUGAGUUUGGUUCCAUCUCUUGCCAUGCAAUGCUCAACCAGAAGGACAUAUUCGAGGCAAGAAACGAGAACUACGAAGCCAGGAAAGAACAACUAUACACAAACUUUUUUGUCAUCUCUACUCUGUGUAGUCUCAUUGUAAUCACAUCUGUCGGAAUGUGGUAUGUUUAA